GCGGUAAAGUGAUGCUUUCGCGGUGAUCUUUUGCCUCGCCUGCGACGCCGUGUUCGUACUCAGUUACGGACGAUUUUGACGAAAUUUAUGAGAGAAUACAAGCCGUGUUGAUGUAGUGUGAUAAAUUGUGAUUUUGGGCAUGACUUCGGUACAAAAGACCGUUUGAUAGACAUUUCUGUGUUUGUGUACAAGUUGACCUGGGAACCGCAAAACUCCUGGAAACUGUGGUUUGUGAGUGUAUGUGUGUCAACUGUGCUCUUUAGCAUUGCGGUGUAUUUUAAAUAAGAGUAAUCGUGCGCGCGGGUGAGGCAUGACGACCGACAUCUCGGUGUCCCGCUGGGACCCCUCCGUGGGUCACGGCCAGGAGACCAUCAUCGACGAGAUAGAAUACGACGGCGGCAACUCCUCGUCGCGCCUCUACGAACGAUCGCGCAUCAAGGCGCUAGCAGACGAACGAGAGAGCGUCCAGAAGAAGACGUUCCAGAAAUGGGUGAACUCCCACCUGGUGCGGGUGGGGUGCCGCAUCAGCGACCUCUACGUCGAUAUGCGCGACGGCAAGAUGCUCAUCAAGCUGCUGGAGGUUCUGUCCGGGGAGAGGCUGCCUCGUCCCACCAAAGGCAAGAUGCGUAUCCACUGCCUCGAGAAUGUUGACAAGGCGCUGCAGUUCCUGCGCGAACAACGAGUCCACCUGGAGAACAUGGGUUCACAUGACAUAGUCGACGGCAACGCUCGACUCAACCUUGGGCUGAUCUGGACGAUUAUUCUGCGGUUCCAGAUCCAAGACAUUACCAUUGAAGAGACAGACAACAAAGAGACAAAGUCUGCCAAGGACGCUUUACUCCUGUGGUGUCAAAUGAAGACAGCCGGCUACAACAACGUCAAUGUUCGCAAUUUCACCACCUCUUGGCGUGAUGGUCUGGCUUUCAAUGCCAUCAUCCACAAACAUAGACCUGACCUCAUCCAGUUUGAGAGACUGCACCGGGGCAAUCACAUCCAUAACCUCAACAAUGCCUUCAACGUGGCCGAAGAGAAGCUCGGCUUGACGAAGCUUUUAGAUGCUGAAGACAUCGCCGUAGACCACCCCGACGAGAAGUCGAUCAUCACGUACGUGGUGACAUACUACCACUACUUCAGCAAGAUGAAGCAGGAGACGGUGCAGGGCAAGAGGAUCGGCAAAGUGGUCGGCAUCGCCAUGGAGAAUGAGAAGAUGAUGAAUGAGUAUGAGAGUCUCACCAGUGACCUGCUGCAGUGGAUCGAGCGAACGAUCGAGGCGCUCGGCGACCGCACGUUCGCCAACUCGCUCGAGGGUGUUCGCCAGCAGCUCAUACAGUUCUCCAACUACCGCACUGUGGAGAAACCGCCCAAGUUCGUGGAGAAGGGCAACCUGGAGGUGCUGUUGUUCACGCUGCAGUCACGCAUGCGCGCCGCCAACCAGAAACCGUACACGCCGCGCGAGGGCCACAUGAUCAGCGACAUCAACCGCGCCUGGGAGCGCCUCGAGAAGGCCGAGCACGAGCGCGAGCUGGCGCUGCGCGAGGAGCUCAUCCGCCAGGAGAAGCUGGAGCAGCUGGCCGCCAGAUUCAACCGCAAAGCUCAGAUGCGUGAGACGUGGCUGUCGGAGAACCAACGUCUGGUCAGCCAGGACAACUUCGGCUUCGACCUCGCCGCGGUGGAGGCGGCGGCUAAGAAGCACGAGGCUAUUGAAACUGACAUCUUCGCGUAUGAGGAGCGCGUGCAAGCUGUGGUGGCGGUGUGCUCCGAGUUGCAGGCUGAGAGAUACCACGAUAUGGAGCGCGUGAUCGCACGUCGCGAGAACGUGCUACGUCUAUGGGCGUAUCUACUCGAGUUGCUUCGCGCUAGACGCGCUCGUCUGGAACUAUCGCUGCAGCUGCAACAGAACUUCCAGGAGAUGCUGUAUAUCCUGGACUCCAUGGAAGAGAUCAAGAUGAGACUCCUGACUGACGACUACGGCAAACAUCUGAUGGGCGUCGAGGAUCUACUCCAGAAACACGCGCUCGUCGAAGCUGAUAUCAACGUGCUUGGUGAACGUGUUAAGGUUGUCGUCGGUCAAUCUCAGAGAUUCCUCGAACAAGAGGAGGGCGGGUACCGGCCGUGCGACCCCGCCGUCACCGUCGAGCGUAUACAGCAGCUGGAGAACGCGUACGCCGAGCUCGUACAUCUUGCUGUGGAACGCAGAAAGCGUCUGGAGGACAGCCGCAAGCUAUGGCAGUUCUACUGGGACAUGGCGGACGAGGAGAACUGGAUCAAGGAGAAGGAGCAGAUCGUAUCUGUCGACGAUAUCGGACACGAUCUCACUACCGUGUAUCUGCUGAUCUCGAAGCACAAGGCUCUGGAGGCGGACGUACAGGCGCACGAGGUGCAGCUGAUGAGUGUGGCCGCCGUCGGCGACGAGCUCAUCUCGCAGGGACACUUCGGGGCUGAUCGUAUUCAGGAGCGUCUCCGUGACAUCCUAUCCCAAUGGAACCAUCUACUAGACGUGGUCUCUCUACGCAAGGACCGUUUGGACGCGGCCGUGCGUUACCACCAACUGUUCGCGGAUGCCGAUGACAUCGACGCAUGGAUGUUAGACACGCUCAGACUGGUAUCUUCAGAAGAUACAGGUGUGGACGAAGCCCAAGUACAGAGUCUGCUGAAGAAACACAAGGAUGUGACCGACGAGCUGAAACACUACGCCAACGUUAUCCAGCAGCUCAAACAACAGGCGAGCGCGCUCAGUCCCGAAGACGCGGGCUCGACAGAAGUGACGUCACGCCUCGGUGCUAUGGACGCGCGCUUAGCCGAGCUCGGCGAGCUGGCUAGACUCCGCAAGCAGCGUCUGCUAGAUGCCCUGUCCCUACACAAGCUGUUGGCUGAGGCUGAUGCUGCCGAUCAAUGGAUACAGGAGAAGGACCGCAUGUUGGACACCAUGACAACACCGAAGGACAUCGACGAUGUUGAGAUUAUGAAACACAGAUACGACGGUUUCGACAAGGAGAUGAACGCUAACGCGUCGCGCGUGGCCGUCGUCAACCAGUUGGCUCGCCAGCUGAUUCAUGUGGAACAUCCGCAGGCGCCCGCCAUUCAGGAGCGUCAGGCCGCACUCAACUCCGCCUGGAGCACGCUGCGAGAGAAGGCCGAGGCGAAGAAGGACGAGCUGAAGUCCGCCCAGGGCGUCCAGACAUUCCACAUUGAGUGUCGCGAGACCGUGUCCUGGAUCGAGGACAAGAAACGUAUCCUGCAGCAGACGGACAACUUGGAGAUGGAUCUCAACGGUGUUAUGACACUCCAACGUCGUCUAUCCGGCAUGGAGCGGGAUCUAGCCGCGAUACAGGCGCGCAUCUCGUCGCUCGAGGCGGAGGCGAGCGCCAUCGAAAACGAGCACCCAGACGAGGCGAGACUCAUCCGCGAGCGCAUACACACCAUCACGGAUAACUGGGAACAGCUUACUCAUAUGCUCAAAGAGCGCGAUGCUAAGCUGGAGGAGGCCGGUGACCUGCACCGGUUCCUGCGCUCCGUGGACCACUUCCAAGCCUGGCUCACCAAGACGCAGACCGACGUCGCUUCCGAAGAUAUUCCUGCGAGUCUGCCCGAAGCGGAGAAGCUACUGUCUCAGCACCAGACUAUCAAGGAGGAGAUAGACAACUACAAGGACGAGUAUGCCAAGAUGAUGGAGUACGGAGAGAAGAUCACUGCCGAGCCGUCCACCCAGGACGACCCGCAGUACAUGUUCUUGCGCGAGCGGCUGAAGGCACUGCGCGAGGGCUGGGCCGAGCUGCAGCAGAUGUGGGAGAACCGCCAGCAGCUGCUCACACAGAGCCUCGAGCUGCAGCUGCUGCAGCGUGACGCGAGACAGGCCGAGGUGCUGCUGGCUCACCAGGAGCACAGACUCGCCAAGACCGAGCCGCCAACGAACCUCGAGCAAGCCGAGAACCUUAUCAAGGAGCACGAGGCGUUCCUCACGACCAUGGAGGCCAACGACGACAAGAUCAACUCGGUGGUGCAGUUCGCCAACCGCCUGGUCGAGGAGAGGCACUUCGACGCCGACAAGAUCCAGCGCAAGGCCGAGAGCAUCCGCGGCCGCCGCGACGCCAACAAGGAGAAGGCGCUCCAGCAGAUGGAAAAGCUUCAGGACCAGCUCCAGCUGCACCAGUUCCUGCAGGACUGCAACGAGCUCGGCGAGUGGGUGCAGGAGAAGAACGUCACGGCCCAGGACGACACCUACCGCUCCGCCAAGACCAUCCACUCCAAGUGGACGCGCCACCAGGCCUUCGAGGCCGAGAUCGCUGCCAACAAGGAGCGCCUCUUCGCCGUCCAGAACGCGGCCGAGGAACUCAUGAAGCAGAAGCCCGAGUUCGUCGAGAUCAUCUCGCCCAAGAUGCACGAGCUCCAGGACCAGUUCGAGAACCUCCAGACCACCACCAAGGAGAAGGGCGAGCGCCUCUUCGACGCCAACCGCGAGGUGCUCCUGCACCAGACCGUCGACGACAUCGACAGCUGGAUGAACGAGCUGGAGAAGCAGAUCGAGAACACCGACACCGGCACCGACCUCGCCUCCGUCAACAUCCUCAUGCAGAAGCAGCAGAUGAUCGAGACCCAGAUGGCGGUGAAGGCCAAGCAGGUCACCGAGCUAGAGACCCAAGCGGAGUACCUGCAGAAGACCGUGCCCGACAAGAUGGACGAGAUCAAGGAGAAGAAGAAGACGGUCGAGCAGCGCUUCGAGCAGCUCAAGGCGCCGCUGCUGGAGCGGCAGCGCCAGCUCGCCAAGAAGAAGGAGGCGUUCCAAUUCCGUCGCGACGUCGAGGAUGAGAAGCUAUGGAUUCACGAGAAGAUGCCCCUGGCUACCAGCCAGGAGUACGGCAACUCGCUCUUCAACGUCCAGAUGCUGCAGAAGAAGAACCAGUCCCUCAAGACCGAGACUGAUAACCACGAGCCGAGGAUCCUGACUGUCAUCUCCAACGGCCAGAAGUUGAUUGACGAGGGCCACGAAGACACACCCGAAUUCAAGAACCUCAUUGACGAGCUAUCCGCAAGGUGGCGAGAACUUAAAGAUGCCAUUGACCAACGCAAGAGCAAUCUGGCUCAAUGGGAGAAAGCGCAGCAGUACCUGUUUGACGCCAACGAGGCAGAGGCGUGGAUGAGCGAACAGGAGUUGUACAUGAUGGUAGAAGACAGAGGCAAGGACGAGAUCUCCACGCAGAAUCUGAUGAAGAAACACGAAAUUCUGGAGCAAGCGGUCGACGAUUACGCCCAGACUAUCCGCCAGCUCGGCGAGACGGUCAGACAGCUUACCAGCGAGGAACAUCCACUUAGUGAACAGAUCUCAGUGAAGCAGUCGCAGGUGGACAAACUCUAUGCAGGUCUUAAAGACCUGGCGGGCGAGCGGCGCGCCAAGCUGGACGAGUCGCAGAGACUAUUCCAGCUGUCGCGUGAAGUCGACGACCUGGAGCAGUGGAUCACCGAGCGCGAGCUCGUCGCCUCCAGCCAGGAGCUGGGCCAGGACUACGACCAUGUCACUCUUCUCUGGGAGCGCUUCAAGGAGUUCGCGCGCGAGACGCAAGCCGUGGGCUCGGAGCGCGUGGCCACGGCGGAGCGUAUCGCCGACCAGAUGAUAGCCAUGGGCCACUCAGACAACGCCACCAUCGCGCAGUGGAAGGAGGGACUCAAGGAGACCUGGCAGGACCUGCUCGAGCUCAUCGAGACAAGGACACAGAUGUUAGCUGCGUCGCGCGAGCUGCACAAAUACUUCCACGACUGCAAGGACACGCUGCAACGCGUCAACGAGAAGGCGCGUGGCGUCAGCGACGAACUCGGCCGCGACGCGAUCAGCGUCGGCGCGUUACAACGCAAACACCACAACUUCACGCAGGACCUUACUACAUUGCACCAGCAGGUGGAGUCCAUAGGCGCGGAAUGCAACCGCCUCGGCGCGUCGUACGCGGGCGACAAGGCGGCGGAGAUCACGCGUCGUGCUGCCGAGGUGGCGGACGCAUGGGCGGCGCUACAGGCCGCGUGCGCCGCGCGACGCACCCGCCUCGAGGACGCGGACGACCUGUACCGCUUCCUCAACCAGGUCCGCAACCUCACGCUGUGGAUGGACGACGUAGUGCGCUCCAUGAACACCGGCGAGAAACCCAGAGACGUGAGCGGCGUGGAGCUCCUCAUGAACAACCACCAAUCCCUCAAGGCCGAGAUCGAGACUCGCGAGGACAACUUCACAGCUUGCAUCGGUCUGGGUCGAGAGCUGCUAGCGAGACAGCACUACGCGUCACCCGACAUCAAGGACAAGCUGCAGUCGCUCACCAACCAGAGGAACGCACUGCUCAGACGGUGGGAGGAGCGCUGGGAGAACCUGCAGCUCAUUCUGGAAGUGUACCAGUUCGCUCGCGACGCGGCGGUGGCUGAAGCGUGGCUGAUCGCCCAGGAACCGUACCUAAUGUCUCAGGAGCUCGGACACACUAUCGACGAGGUUGAAAGCCUUAUCAAGAAGCACGAGGCCUUUGAGAAGUCGGCGGCAGCGCAGGAGGACAGGUUCAGCGCGCUCCAGAGGCUCACCACGUUCGAAGUGAAAGAGAUGAAGCGACGACAGGAAGCAGCUGAGGCGGCAGAGCGUGAACGUCUCGAAAGAGAAGCGGCCGAGGCUGCCGCUCGCGACGCCACAGAUACGGCGGAACCCGAACCGCAACCGCAAGUCGUAAGGAGAACGUCCACUAAAGCGGCCGAGAAGGCCCAGGACCGACCGCAUUCGCAGCCAGCGAGCCCCGCCCCGUCCCCGAGUCGCGAGUCGCCGUCGCCCGCGACCGAGUCGCCUCGCACCAAACCGACGCCGGCUAAACCCGCACGCAUGUCCAUGGCCGGUACGAGCUCGAGCCCCGCCACCCCGUCACCCGGUAAGCUGAAGACGAGGUCCCGAAGCAAGUCACCGUUCCGAAGCUUCCGUUGGCGCACCGCGAAGAAACUCCUCACGGGCUCCCCUCAUAGCGACGAUGAAGAGGGCGCCAGUCCGGUGGGCGAAGAUGAAGGUGUAGAGGGAACGCUGGUCCGCAAACACGAGUGGGAAUCCGCAGCUAAACGUGCCUCGAAUAGAUCGUGGGACAAAGUGUACGUGGUCGCGCGCGACGGUCGCAUGUCGUUCUACAAGGACCAAAAGUCGUACCGCGCGGCGCCCGAGCAGGGCUACCGGGGCGAAGCGCCGCUCGACCUCAACGGCGCCGUCGUAGAGGUCGCCGCCAACUACACCAAGAAGAAGCAUGUCUUCCGCGUCAGACUCAGCAACGGCGCAGAAUGGCUGCUGCAGGCCCACGACGAGGCCGAGAUGGGGGCGUGGCUUGACGCGCUGCGGGCGCGCACGCACGCGCCGGCGCCGCGCCCGCACACGCUGCCCGCACAGCACGCGGAGCCCAAGCGUCGCUCCUUCUUCACGCUCAAGAAGAACUAAUUCCACCGGCGAUGGACAGCCGCUCUCGAGUUCCGUCAUCACAUUUCUCAUUAAGCCGGGUAUCCACCGGCGUACCGUAACCGCAACUGAACGAGUAACCCCGUAGUUACAUAGUAUACACAAGUAUACAGGUCGAUUACAGUCCACUAACCAGAUCCCCUAGCCGACACGUUCUCUUUACCGCUUCUUUUUGAAUCGAUCAAAAUGUAUGGAAUUGACUCGACAAGUCGAAUGUCGACUAUAUUAUCGAACGCUUACGUCAAUUUGAUACAUUUAAGCUAGGGGCGGGGUUUCGGUUGCGGUUACGGCCGCGGUGGGUGGGGCUCCCGCCGCGUCCCCCCGUACUCAGUGCGCCGCACGCCACAGUACGCGCCGGAGUGACGCCGCAUAUUUCUCUCGACGCUUGCUCGUGUAAGCUUUGCCAAUGAUGAAAUAGUGUCAGCGCGGCCCGACCGACGUCUGUCGACUUGUUAUUAUUUUGUUGCGUACAAACGUUAUUUAAGACUGUUCUAUUGAGUGUUUGGAUCGUUUGCCUUCGUCUGAAACUGUAUUUAUUGUGCGGGGCCCGCCCCCGAGUAAAGAUUAUAUCCGUACGGUAUGAGCCCACCCUUAUUGUAAUUGUUGUAACGAUAUAAAGAACAUAUAAAAAUUCUAAAUGCGACGCUAUUUAUGAGUAGAAUAGUUAACUGAGAUGAGAAUAUAUAUUAUUUAUUUAUAUACUUAUAAUCCGAAGCUGAUUUAGUUCAGUUGGAACGUUCGAUAUAUAAGAUGAGAACUUAGAUGUUUUAUUAGAGUAACUAUUGACCAAUCGUCUGCUGCGAAUGGAGUUUGGACUUCGUAUGAUAAUCGCAUUUAUCACGUUUCCCAUGAUUUUUUUUAUCGAUUGACAUCCGAGUGUAAUUACUAUUAGAUACGUAUCGCUAGUGACUCCGCGUCCCGUACUCGACGUCGCUGUAUGCGCCGCUUUUGGAUUUUAUAUCAGACUUCUUAGACACGUAAUAUUAAGGGGGUAGGUGUUAGUUUGGUGCGGCGAUGUCGUAGUAUAACCGAGAUGUAAGUACGCUUGACGCUUGUAUUUUUCAUAUGAAUAAUAAUUUUACUGCCAACUCUUCACAAAUUGUUACUUUCGUAAUGUGUACCCUCACUUGCUAGAUGUUAGGGCGCCGGCGCGACGGCGGCCAUUUUCAUUCGGGUCGUCCGUCUCGCUCCCGCAUGUAUAACUUAUGUUUUAUUUCAAUAUUUUAUUUCUAAAAUUUUACUUUUUUGAGAAAGAAUAAAAUAAACGAUGUUUUCAAAUA